CGAAGUCAAAAGUAAACUUGAAAUUAUUGUGAAACCAAUAUCUUAUUCAAUUAUUUUCGUAAAAUCUUUGAGGAUAUUGUUGGAUUAAUAUUUCAUCGAUUGUUGAUUACUCCUGUAGCAGCAUGUAUCAGAGCUCUUGUUGAAAUCGUAACCAGUAAGGGAAUAUAAUUUUUAAACUCGUGUAAUUGAGAAAAGAAACAUACCACUAAAAAUUUUGAAACUUUCAAAGCUUGGGUUGUUGGUAAUAUUAAAAUAUUGUUAAAAUGGCAUCUCGAGGUGGACCUAUGGUGUCUGGAACCGAUGGUACAGAUUUUCCUCAAAGACAACGAAUUGCAGCACAAUAUCAAAUAAGUGCACAAAAUAAAUCGAGGCUUAAAUAUUGUGUGUUCUUCCACUACCUUUUAUUUUUUGUAAUGUUAGCUAAGUUAUCAGCUGAUAUACUUGAUAGGCUCGAUAUUUUUAUUCUUGAAAUUGAAGAACUUCAAAUUCCUAAACCUCUAAUAUGGGAAUAUGUCUGGUGUAUAAGCCUUCUAUUCACUUUUCUUGGCCUAGCAUCUAUUCGGAGAAACAGGAUAGUUAUGAUGAAAAGAUAUAUGAUGGGAAUCACUUUAUUUGGUAUAUUGCCGAUUUUAUAUGCCACUAUUUAUUACCUACCAGAUGUAUGGACAUAUAUUACCACUGGUGAAACGGAAGAAAUUGAGUUAUGGCAGGAAUAUCCUUAUGGUUUGCUGUGGUAUGGAUUCAUUAUUCAAGCCAUCCAAGUACAUCUGUUUUCACUCUACUUUGCAAACAACUUAGUUACUGCUUGGAGGGCACGGGGGACAUAUGCAGCAAAAAAAGAUUAAGUUUUAAUUCUCCAAGAAUAAAAUGGCUGGAUGAAAAAAAGAAAGUUGAUUUGAACGAAUAAUCGAGAGCAAUAAUUCUUCUUAUUUUUGUUAUUUUUCUAUAAGGAUAAAACUAUAAUGAAUAUUGGUGUAAGUUGAAAUUUGUACUGGUUAUGUAAUUCAAAGAAUUCGGCAUUGGUUGUGAAUUAUUUUUAUUGUAGAAGUAAUCCUUUCAUAUUGAUGUUUUAAUUUUAAAUUGGUAGUUUUAUUUGUGGUUUGUUGUAGUUCAAAUACUGAUUCGGCAUUAAAAAUGAUAGAAUUGAAUAUUUAUAGACCGUAUGAAUAUAAAUUUAAUUCUACCAUAUCACAAAUUUUGCAUUUAAAUGUAAUCUCAGGAAGGGACUUAAUAAUAAAAC